UGUAAGGCUCUUAAAAACUCAUGCUUUGUUAAAGACAGGCUGCUGUGUUAAAACUAAGGCACACAAAUGGACCCAGAUGUUAUUCAAGACUCCCUAAGGAAAGAUAAUUAUGAAGAUUUAGACUUGGGACCUCGUUUUAAACGGAUGCAGAUAACUGACAAUAUCAGAGAACUUCAAACGGUAUUAAGAGACAGAUCUACAUCAAGAAGUGAUUUUGUCUUCUAUGCAGACAGACUGAUUCGCUUGGUUGUGGAAGAUGGCUUAAAUCAGUUGCCAUACAGGGAAAAAGAAGUCACCACUCCAACAGGCUGCAAGUACAAAGGUCUGAUGUAUGAGAAAGGGAAUUGCUGUGUUAGCAUCAUGAGAAGUGGUGAGGCUAUGGAACAGGCCCUGCGUGACUGCUGCCGCUCAAUACGUAUCGGGAAGAUCCUCAUUUACAGUGAUGAGGACACACACGAUGCCAAGGUCGUCUACUCCAAGCUGCCACCUGACAUUGCCAACAGGAAGGUGCUCCUGCUCUACCCCAUUGGAAGCACAGGUAACACAGUGAUCAAAGCUAUGCAUGUCCUCAAAGAGAACAAAGUACCUGAGAAGAAUGUAGUACUACUCAACCUGUUUAUCACCCCUCAAGCUGCCAAGACAUUAAUAGAGACAUUCCCAGAGCUGACAAUCCUAACAUCAGAAGUCCAUCCAAUUGCACCACACCAUUUUGGUCAGAAGUACUUUGGAACUUCCUAGACCUGCAGCAGCGAUGUGGAUCUCCUAUCCAGAAAUAUCUUACCUGUAGCCUUAAAAUUGCCAUUUUUUAAGGGCAAUGAAUUCCAUGUUUUAAUUAAAUUACAUUUUCAUUCUAUUCCAGAAACAUGUUAAACAUAGUACCGGUAUUGAAAUUAUAAUUUAAGUUUUUCAUUGGUCUGAGACAUACAACUGUAGUCUUCCAUGUUUAAAUGAAAUUAUGGCUUGCAUUUGUUAAAUGUUAAUGUAUGAUUUAAUUUUUGUAAAAUUUUGUCUGGAGCAAAAACUAAACAAAAGACGGAGUGGGAUGUGGAGUUAACAAGACCCAUUAUUCUUGCUUCCAUAUUUUUGGAAUUAUUCCCAUUUAUUUUGAAUUUAAAUCUUAUGUGGAACAUAUUUUGAAAACUGUAAUGGGUAUGAUCUUGAAUCUAAAUAGGUAGGAAGAUCUCCUGAAUUGAUAUGCACAAGAACCUUAACUCUUGCUUCAAUAUUUUUAGAGUUAUGACCUUUUCUUAUUUUUUUACAUUUAAAUUGUGAAUGGGGCAUAUCUUGCUAACGAUACAAUAUAUCAAGUUAAGAGUUCAUAGCUAGAUACUGAUAGAUCUCAAUAUGGGAACUGCAUGAGUGCCUUAUCUCAUGCGUUCAUAAAUUCCCUGUACUUGCCUCAAUAUAUGAAAUAUUGUCUAGGGCAUAUUUUUAUAAUAUAAGGAAGUAUUGAGUCAAAAUUUCAUAGGUGUGAAGCUUUCAUUGUUGGGAAACCUUAAUUGCAUAUGCCAUCUGACAAGACAACUUACAUGGAAUAAUGUUUUGAUACGUAUCAUCUUCACUUAAUGCUUAGAUUCAUUGUGGUGAACACACAACUUAUGAAAUGACAACUCUGUUUACAUAUUUGAGACUUCUUUUAGAUGGCCUUUUACAUACUUACUUCUUAUGACAUUAAAUUGUCCUCUAAAACCACAGACACAUAAGUAAUGAGCAAAUGAAUUAAAUGAAUGGCCACCUUAACCCUUUCAGUGCGGGAACCGAAUUUUGAAGGCCUUUGCAAACAGUUUGGAUCCAGAUGAGACGCCACAGAUCGUGGCGUCUCAUCAGGAUCCAAACUGUUUGCUAUUCUGAUAGUAUUGUUUGAAAAAAAUCGAAGAAAAUGCUAAUUUUAGAAAUUCAGCAGACGACAUUUUAGCAGAAGACAAAUUUCCCAGCAAGCAAAGGGUUAAAUACUGUUGCUCAUCAUACAGCAAUAACAUUUAGCCUGCUGGUUCUUACAAUGUCAGUAUUCUGUAAUUUUCACAUUUUCUUAAUUAUUGAUACAGAGGGUUUUUCAGGCAUGAAAGUGCCAGUUCUGGUUUAAGUAAAACUUAAGAUGCUUCUGGAAUAUCGUCAAUGUAUCUUGUAUAUAGUUCCGGUAGGACCAUUCCAAUUAAUUGGAUUUAAAUGAUGCUUGCAGUUGUAAAGCUGAUGUCAUGAGUGAAUUUCAGGGGAAAGAUUGUGGAAGUUAUGUCUGCUUGAAUGUUGGUGUGUUUUAAUAUGUCUGUACAAGGUAAUUUGUCUCAUAAUAUUGAACUGUUGCAUAUAAAAAAAGAGUUAAUAUUUGUUGAAGAAACCUUUUCCAGAAAUACAUUACCUGUUUAAGUAUUCCAUUGGAAAUAAUCUCAAAAACAUCAGUUGUGCUUAAAUUUCUGUAAUAUAAUCAAAGUAAUGAUCAUAUGAGGUGGUUGUGAAAUUAUAAUGACCAUACUUGUUUUCUUUUUGUGAUUUAACUUUCAAUUUGUGAUGGAAACAAAGUGUCUGUGUUUACUCUAGUGUGUUGUCAAAGAGCUUUGUAUUUUAUGGGGCACUUAAAUAUGUUUUUUGUUCUUUAAAAUGUGAAAUAACUGUGUAUUAUGAUGGUUUUAUGUCUCUAGUUCUUGCUGCUUGUGGGAUGUAAUAUGAUAACAAUAGGAUUUUCUCCUUUUUCUGCAUUGCUUUUUAUUGUUAUUAAAAAACUUUAACUUUAUGAAGUAUUAAGUAAUUACAUAUUAAUAUUGUACAUAUUUUAAUGUAUUGUGAACUACCAUAUAAGUCAGUUUUAUAUUACUAUAUUGUAUUUCAUUUACAUGUACGAUGCACUCUAGGCUUACAUUCCAAUACAUAUUAAGUAUUUUAUGACAUU